AUGUCGUUCUUCCGUGGGAAAGGAAAAGGAACAACGACGAUUCCCGUCACACAGGCACCUGCAGUUCCUAGCGGUUCGACCGCGUCGAGUUUGGCCCCGACCGCCCGUGCACUCGUAUCAGUACCUGAAGCAGAAAUUGUUUCUGCUCGAGCUAACACCAUCGCCUCCAGCGUCGUUCUUAUCCACGGGUUGAACAGUUCUGAGUCUGCGUUCCUCGGAGCAGAUGGCACCAGCUGGGCGACAGAGCUCAAUCAACUGCUCGAGCCCUUGAUUGGCGAAAACGUCGAAGUCGUUGAGGUGGGCUGGCAAACCACGCCGACCAGCCCGGCGAACGUCAGUCUGAGCAUCAGCUCCACGGCGCCGGAGCUUUUGGAUGUCAUUGCAAGAGAAGUGCGUGGGAGGCGGUGGGUAGCCGUUGGUCACAGCAUGGGUGGUAUGGAAAUUCUGGCGGCCAUGGGGUUAGCCUUUGAGGAGGUCAGCGGUCAAAGGCCAAAUCCCGCGACAGCCGUUACUCAGCGAAGAACACAAUGGGGUACACUAUUGGACUCGUGUCUAGGCAUAUUCCGACUUUGUUCUCCUGGUCAGGGUUCUCCUUGGGGCCAGCCAGGAAUUCUCUUAGCGAACCUGGUGCCUCAUGCGACCUCGGCCCAGAUCCGGGGGCUGGCAGUAAACUCGAAUGAAUCAAAAGCCAUCACGGAAUCCUCCAACAAAUGGUUUGCAGACCGCAAGACAAAGGGCCACCUAGUGAACGUAUUUUCGGCGCAGGAGACUAAGCCAGUCGUCCCAGGGACCAUGAAGAUUGUCGACUAUGACGGAUCGGCCUUUGCCGUGAGCUCCACAAGGCUGACAAACUCCAAAACCGUCUUGCUGCCGGGCGAGUCUCACACAAGUGCUCCGAAAGCCCCAGCAGAUAGCGACACGGCGAAUAUCCUCGUGGCCGGAGUCGCCUUUUGUAUCAACGGGAGUGUGCCCGAAGGAACUGAACUCACACCCGGGAGGGAAAAGCCAUCAGGCAUCAGGGGCGCGUUCAGUAAGAUUCUGCCAUCGUCGAGCACGUUGAGGAGCCGGGUUCCUGGUGCGAGCGGAAGCGGUGGUGCGAGCGGAAGCGGUGGUGCGAGCGGAAGCGGUGGCGCGGCCGCACCCACCUCCUGA